AGAAACACAGUGCCAGCGCGCCAGCGGGCCUACCAGGCCGACCCAAGGCCCGUCUUCCAACGCCUCCCGAGGAGCAAGCUUUAUAUGGGAAUCUACAUGACCAUCUUCACCGUUGGCAUGUACGGCACUUUUGGCGGAUUCUGGAACAUGGCA